UUAAAAGAUGGGCAUGGCUUUGCUAUGAGUCGUCAUUUAUAAAAGACACACAAUUUGGAAGAUAGAUAUUCUGGAAUUAAAACACUUCGGAUGGCAGACUGGCAGUCACCUACUCCUCACAUAGGUUGGUAGCGUCAGUCAGUAAGCAUCAGUGGCACAUGGAAAGUAAACAUCUUGAACAUAAGUUAAAUGCAAUGAAAAGUCAAAAUAAUUAACACUGUCACUGCUCUUCGAAACAACUGUGGGUCACAAUGCACAUUAAAGGAAAACUGGGGGAAGAUGAUAUCUACUGUGCCUGCCUCUCCAAGUCAUUAUGCCAAAUCUCCACACCAGUGACUGUUGGUUUAUAUGCCCCAUUUGGAAGCCGAGUUUACAUGCUUCUAGAUCGAAUAACUAAAUGUAUGAGGGAGGUGGCAACGUAUGUAACAGAAAGGCAGGAGGCAAUAUCCGGACAGACUCCUAGAAAACCAGUGGGAUGGGGCUUUAUGUACCUGCUCUGGCACCUUCUUUUCUACUGCCCUGUGAUUACGGAACACCACCUGGAACGAAAAAGUAUUGAAUUCAUUUUUGUCAACUUCAGUGCUUGGCAGUAUGCCGGCAGUGACAGACUUUGGGCUGGCUUAGUAACCACUCUCUGUGACCGUGUCCGGAAACAUUUUGGUGCAAUCCCACUCACUGUUUUUAAAGUCUUGGGCACUGCUCCGAGAAGGAGUCUUGAACCUGACAUUGCAGAGUGGAAGUUUAAGAAGUCUUUCUGCAUUAAGCUUGUGAUAGUUUUACUCCUACUCAUCAUUGGGUUACUCCUUCUUACUGUGCCUGUGAAUUCAGCAUCCCAUGGGGGAGAUGAUAAGGUCACAACUGUAUUUGGAAGUCUUGCUACAUUAAUAUCUGGCUCAGGUAUUAUUAUGACACUCUAUAAGUUAAUAAAGGGUGUCCUAAUAAGUCAGAAGCAUAAAAUUGAGCGUCUAGUCAACAGCCAAAAGUUUAGUUCCCAGAUGGGCUUCAUGAAUGAGGUCAAAAAAGAGGUUGAGUUGAUCACCCAAAUGGUCCAGACCAUGGAGAUCUUCCAGAAACAAAAAAUCCGUGUUGUUCUUCAGAUCACUAGUCUGGAGCUCUGUGCACCAGAUAAGGUAGUAGGUGUGCUUGAUGCUAUGAACACACUACUGUCUGACCGAAGAGCACCGUUUAUUUCCAUCUUAGUGGUUGAUCCUAGUAUUAUUGUUACCUGCCUAGAGAAUGCCAACUCACUCAAAGGCAUGGCAGACAAUGGUUACAUGUUCCUUAACCGUACAGUUACUUUGCCCUUUUCAGUACCAGCUUUGGGUAAAAAGACUAAACUUCAGAUUCUAAGAAAGGCUGUUCAGAGGACAGAAGAUCUCAUAGACUGGCCCUGCAGAAAUGAUGCCCUUCGAGUCACCAAAACAGGUAUUGCUGAAACAGUUAAAUUGCUUAAAGAAGAGCUAGCAGAGGAAGAAGAACCAGCAGUACAGACAAAUUACUUUCAAACACUUCGCUGCAUUCAGGAGACAUUUUAUGCUCUGUACAGUGAAAGGGAAGUUCUGCAUGAAUAUAUUCCUGAUAGCAUUUGCCAAAUGAAAAGGAUUGUUAACACUAUUCCAGUCAUGGUUAACUUAAUGAUGCUAUGUAAAAUCCCAUUGGACAAUUUAUCUCCCAAGGAUCUAGCUGCUUGGGUUGUACUUUGCAAUCAGUGGCCCUGUCGCCUGAGUUGGAUACUGCAAUGUUUAGAGGAUAAGGAGCAGAGAGGUUCAAAAGAAGCAUUCUGCAGCUGCCUAUUAUGGGAUGUUUUUAAAGAGAACAGCAAGGAGCUCUUUUCCUUAAAAACUGGUCUAAAAAACCUCUUAGACUUGGAUGAAGACCCAGAAAUUUUUCAAAAAUUCUUGUCACAAGAUUUUCCCUUUACUGCAGAGGAAUCCAGAAGACUAAUGAGGUUCACAGUUAAUCUGGAUUUUUCAAUAAAAAAUAAAAUGGGACUUCUAAGGGGAAUAAACAAUCUUCAGAAUGACUGGAAGGAGCCUGAGGUCAGAAAGGUUGAUGCUGUACAAGAAGAAGAUAGGGACAGAAAACAGGUUGGGAGGGAGUGCAGUCGGUGCAGGGGAAGUAUAAACAAAGUCAGUGAUGUAAAUAAAAAUGCAAAAGAAUUUGCUUUGUAUAGGGAAGAAGGCUGUAAAAAAAGAAAUAGUACAAAAGAUGGUAAUGAGGAGCAAGAACAAUGUAAAACAGAAGUUCAGAUAGACUUGGAGGAUGCAUCACUUGAAAGAGUACAGAAAAAAGAAAAUGCUCCAACUACUAUGGAGGCGCAGUCAAGAGAUGCCGUUUUCUGCAUAGUAGAGGAGGAAGCUGGUUAUGCAUUGCAGGUUCAAAAGAGAUGGGGUGAAUCUCAAAGUACUGAACAGCUCCAGGAUGUUUGAUCAUAGCCACAGGGACAGUUAGGAUGAGAUAUGGUGAACAUGCUUAUUUACUCUCCUAGAUACCCCCAGAUUGCUCCAUUUUAAGGUUAUGAUAAGAUUUGGGCCUGAAUAUGAAUGUAGUGUCCUAGAUACUUCUGGAACUAUGGCUGAUAUUCCAAUGUAACCUUGUAAUGAUUAAACAGGAGCCUGGCAAAAUGUUUGAGGAGCUUCAGAAAAAAGUCUUAAAACUACUGCUUUCAGAAAACAAACUUUGCGGUUUCAAAUGAUCUAUAAUCCAUUUUCAGAUAUAUCGUGCAGGCAUAUUAAAAUGGAUCACUAUUUAUAAGCUUCCUUUUACAUUUACAUGAUUUACUAUUUACUAUAUAUUUGAGUUGCAGAGAUCGAUCAGCGGCAUUAAAAAAGAAGGCUCAUUGAAGUAUAGUUGGAGUUCUGGGUAGACAAGUUUAUUUAAAAAAAGUAAAUAAAACCAAAGCUUACACAAAGCAAAAAAAAAAGCCUUCCACUAUUGAGAGGCAGCAUUUGGUUUUAUAUAAGGCUAAUGAAGAAAGUUAGCCAGGGUAUUCUAGAUACAGUACAUUUCAGUUUAUUUGCUCUAGUCAAAAAUGAGGAUAUAGAUCUGAGCCCUUGAAUGUAACAGCCCCUCUAGCAUUUGGCUGACUGAUGCCAGGAUUAACCUGUC